AUGGCCAAGGCAGGAUGCCAUGGCCCUGACUGUGCAUUCGUCGGUGGCCGGCUGAACUCACGGCGAAGCCGGGCAAGUGCACGGCAACAGCUGGUUACCGAGCACUAUGUCGAUGCUAGCAGCAACAGUGAUAUUCUUGUCUAUGGUGUUACAGAACCUGUGUCCUACAUGAGCGCCUCUACCAAGAAGACAUGCGCUGCUCUCUACGCGGCCUGGGGUCUAGGAGGAACCUCUGACGAGCCACUGAUUCAUACGCAGCAACAAUACAUUCGAAGGAGGCAUCAUUGA